UCCUUCACGGGAAGUGAUGUGGGGCCGGACGGAAAAAACCGCCAAGCACCCAAAAAAGGCCAGUCAUUUGGGGUCCCAAGCUCCGUUUGGAAGGGAGUGCCUAAGGGAUUGAACACUACGGGGACUCAGUACCUCGAGGACUCAGCACUGCAGGGACGCAACGCCGCGGGGACAGCACCAAACCGGGUGAAGCCCAGAGGCCUUUAUCAUGUCGGAUGGGGAUUAUGAUUACCUCAUCAAGUUUUUGGCCUUGGGAGACUCUGGAGUGGGGAAGACCAGUGUGUUGUACCAGUACACAGAUGGGAAGUUCAACUCCAAAUUCAUCACCACAGUGGGCAUUGACUUCAGGGAAAAGAGAGUGGUGUACCGAGCUAAUGGACCAGACGGAGCUGUGGGCCGAGGCCAGAGGAUCCACCUGCAGUUAUGGGACACAGCAGGACAGGAGAGGUUUCGUAGUUUGACCACUGCGUUCUUCAGAGAUGCUAUGGGUUUCCUGCUACUGUUUGACCUGACAAAUGAGCAAAGUUUCCUCAAUGUCCGAAACUGGAUAAGCCAGCUACAAAUGCAUGCAUACUGUGAAAACCCAGAUAUAGUGCUGUGUGGAAAUAAGAGUGACCUGGAAGACCAGCGGGCAGUGAAAGAGGAGGAAGCCAGGGAACUCGCAGAGAAGUAUGGAAUCCCCUAUUUUGAAACUAGUGCUGCCAAUGGGACGAACAUAAACCAAGCAAUUGAGAUGCUCCUGGACCUGAUAAUGAAGCGGAUGGAACGGUGUGUGGACAAGUCCUGGAUUCCAGAAGGUGUGGUGCGAUCCAACGGCCACACUUCUGCAGAUCAGCUAAGUGCGGAGAAGGAGAAGGGGCUGUGUGGCUGUUGAGCAGACUCCAGGUGUGCACUGCAGGGGCCCAGAGCUCCUGCCUGUGAGCUGUGCUGCAGAGAUCCAGCCCACGGUGAAUAACACUGUAUCGAAUGCCAAUUGCUUCUCCUCGUCUCCAGUAGACAUUCACUCAGCAUCCAUUUGUAACUUGUUGCAGCUUUACGUAUCCAAGAAUCGGGAGAACUAUUUCACAGAGCCAAAAGUGCCUUGUAAAGCCUAGGCCCAUGGUGGCAGGUCAUUCAGGGAUUCAAGAGUUUGCAGCCAUGAAAGGUUGCAUCUGUGGUGUAGAAUGCUGAUGGUACCGCCACCUGCCAUAGCACAGAUAGACCUGGAGUCUCAUUAGAGUCUCGUUAGAAACAUUGGGAUCUCUGAGCAAUGAAAGGCUAAUCCAGAUUUAAAAAUCCACACCAUAGUUGACCUUCUAGAACACUUGAAUGCUAAUAUGUACACCUUGGACCAAUGCCUUUCAGCGCAUUGUCUUUGACACAAUUUGACACAAAUUUGAAGGCUUACGUUCAAAUUACAGCCAUAUCUGUAGGCUGGGUUGACGGUAGGUGCGGUGGUGGCGGGAAGGGUUUGCAGAACAGGGGUGGGGGAAGUAGUGGAAGUCAGUGAAGUCAGAUUUCCUGGCUCUUGGCUUCAGGGUCAUGGAGACUCAGGUGUUUAUUUGUGGUCUGUUGGUUCAGUCCACGGCUGAGCAUAGCUGGUGCUUCUGCUGUAUGCAUGCUAAGAAACGAUUUCUUGCUUUUCUCUUCAUAUUUAUAUUUUUGUCUGGCACCUUCAGACUGUAGUUUCAUUUGUCGACUCCUAAUCAGACUUUACCUUCAGGCUGGGUGUCAUUGCUAUUUCCCAGUUUGUUUUCUCUCCCAUUAGUGUAAUUGAAGGUAUUUCUUUUUAAUUAAAACACAUGCUUAUUUGCUAUCUGGAGAGAGAUCAGUGUCUGUAUUUAAAGUCACAUUUGUAUGCUAGUUUAAGAAAAGUGUUUUGUUGUCUAUACUUUCACUGGGAAUAUGGACAUUUGUGUAUAUCUUGCCAAGACCUUGUGUUGUGUUCUAUUGCCUCAGUA